UAGUAUAAAUGCUAGCUAGGGUGAACAUAGAGUUGUCCCAUAGUUGAUAGUAAGCAUGGAGGGAGAGGCGAAGGGAGAGGCAAAGGGAGUGGCAAAGGGAGAGGCGAAAGAAGGUGGAGAAAAAGAGGUCCGGUACCGGGGAGUGAGAAGGCGGCCGUGGGGGAAAUAUGCGGCGGAGAUUCGUGACUCAACGACGCGUGGAGAGCGGACGUGGCUGGGGACUUUUAACAAGGCAGAAGAUGCUGCUCGGGCUUAUGAUCGAGCUGCCUUUGCGAUGAGGGGAAACAAGGCCACUCUCAACUUCCCAAAUGAACAUCUGUCACCACCCAAUGUUGACUUUCCCCCUCCUUCAUCUGCUCUGUCAUCAUCUUCUUCGCAGGUGGAUGGAAAUAGGUCUUCUGAGACUGGGAAAGAAGAAAUCAAAGCAAAGGAGAAGUAGUACUGAGACUUGCUUUGUGUGGACCUUCAAAUCUUCAUCCUGUCCAAACUUGACACUUGUCCCAUUGUAACAACAACCAACCAUGGAAGAAAAGGCCAAAGAAGGUGGAGAAAAAGAAGUCCG